AUGUUUCGCACCGCCGUUAUAGUUCUUCACUUCUUUUUCGUCUUCUUCUUCACCCUUCCUCCUAGAUAUGUUAAUUCUUCUUCAUCUUGUCUUUCCGGCUGUUCCAUCUUUUUUCUUCCUAUCACUAUUUUAUUCCUUCUCCUUUCAUCAACUCCUGCUCUUGUUACUUUUUUCGCUGCUGUGGCCAUCUUGUUCUUUUACUACUCCUUCUUUUCUUCUUCUUCUUCAUUUUCUUCUUUUUCACCCUUUCUCUUAGUUUCGUUUACUUUUCUUCAUCUUCAUCUUUCCCCUUCUUCCAAUUUUUUUUCUUCCUCUUACUGUUUCUACUUCUGCAUUACUCUCCAACCGCCUUUUCCUCCAGCAUCCAACUCAUUCUUCUUGUUCCAUUCUUGCUCCUUUAAUUUUCUUCCCCCUUUUCUUUUACUGUUUCUUCUUCUUCAAAACUCCUCCACAUCUUAUUCUUUCUUCUCCUUUUAUCAACGCCUCCUCUUGUUUCUUCUCCUUCACUGA